UACGGUUUGGGAUUGUCCUGCUGAAAUAUGCUAGGUCUUCCCUGAAAAAGACACUGAGCAUUUGGCAGCACAUGUUGCUCUAGAGCCCAUAUAUUGGUCAACAUAAAUGGAAACUCUCAGGUGUAUAAUCUUAAUAUGCGAUUGGUACCUCUGUGCGCCAUUCCAUCAGGGAUGUUGGUGCAGAACUGUGCGCUAAUAAGAUGGGUGAUCCCUGUCCUCUGUAGAGCAGAUUUUGAUGUGGCAGACCACAGGGUACUCUUUCAUUUCAGGUGAAGAGUCAGAGCUGUUGCCAUGCUUAUACAUGAAAAUGGGGGAAGAUAAGAGGAAGGAGGCAUCCUCAUCAAAAGCCAAAACCUCCUCAACUGGUUUCUUCUGAUGCAAAGUAACAAUGGCUCUAUAUCAAGCUCGCUCUGGAUGUUCAGGUGACUGACCCUACCUUUAAGGCUGGGCACAGCCACCCUUUGGGGGAAACUUAUUUGUAUGAUGUAUGCCCAAAACUCCAAAGUGCUGAGCCAAAAACAGAUUACUCAAGGUCUACCUGUAGCCUUUUAAUAAAAAAACAGAGGUAACGGUGCCAGUUUUUCCAAAACAAGCCCUUUACUCUAUAAAGAGCUAAUUUUUUUAUGGCCAGUGUGAGUAGUAAUUGUCUGUAGACUCACACUAGCAAACGGUAUCUCUCACCCACUUGCUGCUCCAUCCUCCCUUUCCCCACUAUAUGCAGAUCCCAAAGGAAUGGAGAGGCUUCACCAUGUUUUAUAAAGUUUUGAAACUGACUAAAACUGACCAGGUUUUACAUGCUUCAGGCAUAUAUCCAAGAGCUGAAACUUUUUUAAAAAUCAUUUACUUGAGCUUUCAGCUGAGAGAAUCAGACAAAAAAGAGGCUCACAUCUAGAGAAAGAGAACAACUGGCUCAUGUGGAAAGUCUGUAACAACUUGUGUUUUGUGUGAGUAGUUUUUUGUUGUUUCCUGAUAGCUUAGUGCAGCAUAGGUCGGACUCUGACCCGGCUGCUGUGGGUGGGGAGAGUAGAUAGACUGGGAUGAAUGGAGUUUAUUCUUCUUCCUUCAACUCCUGAUUUGUGACAGUCAAGUGAGGGGCAUGAGAAUUGUUGAGAGCUGGUAUCUUGAAAACCUCUCUUGCUAAUUAAGUCACAGAAGUCAACAGGUAAAGAGAGCGUAAAUAAAAGAUUCAUAACUGGGCCCCAGUUGAAAGCAUAAACUGUGGCCUCCUACCAGUGUGGAAUGGGCAGUGCUUUUGAAUUACCAUAAUGUACAGAAAAGUAGAUAAAAUUCAACAAUCCUUGCAAAGUGGCUCCACACAACCUCAUCAAAGCAUGAGAUUACUAGGUUCAAAUUUGACAGGGACCUACUCCUGUGAAGCCAGGAUGUUCUGUCUUAUGCAUAAUGGAUGGAACCUUUGAACUGCCAUUGUUAAUGGUUAAAUUAAUUAACCUGAACAUCUAAGGCCUACAGAUUGGCUGAGGGUUUGAGUCCUGAUGGGGAACACCUGGUGGAGAAAUGUUAUGCUCUGUACUUUUGAAAUGUGGAUUAAUAAUUUAAAUCAGUUCUCUUUUGUUUCAUUUAAAGCUCCCGUGAGGAACUUUCUGUCCGUGUUGACUUUUGUGCCCACUGUGGACAAGGUGGCAACCCCUAUGUAAUUAUUUCAUCUCAACCUCCUGAAAAAUGCAUCAAUUACCAUCAAAUCCCAUAUUAUUGACAUUUCACAGUAUAACUGAUCACUUAUUGUGAAUAUUUGCUGCAGGUUGUUUCUUCAGCGUGCAUACCACAGCAUGCUGUAAAACAUUACAGCCUCAUUUAGUUAUGUUCACUUAACAAACUUGAAACAAAUUAGAAAUUGAAAUCAUCAAAACUUGUGAUAGCAAGUAGUAUGAAUGUGUUUCCUUUAGUUGAACCUAAAAUCAACAUAAAAUUGUGAACUAAAACUACAAAGAAAUACAAGUUCAUUUAAAUUAGUAAGAGACAUUACCUUUACGAUUAAUUUAGAAUAGUUCUUUGAUUUAACUUGAAAUAUUAAGUUGAAACAACAAGGUUUCAAAGGUUGAUCAUCACUCAUACCUUGGCUUGUAAUGUUAAGGGAACUAUGAUAUUGCAGUUAACUCAACUACGUGAACUAAGGCCACGUUCACACUGCAGGUCAAUUCCAAUUUUUUAACCAUAUGUGACACAUAUUUGAUUUUUUCAUGUAAGUGUGAACAGAGCAAUUCUGAUUUUUUCAAAUCUGACCAGGCCUCUUUCGUAUGUGGAUAUAAAUCGGAUAUAUAUCCGAUGUGACUGCAGUGUGGCCGCUCAGGUCACAUUCAUCCGACCUAUACGUCAUCAAUAUGCGACAAACGUCACCAUUGUUCGACAACACAAACAGGCGCGGAAAGCAAUUAGUGCUUUGUGCGCGUGCAGGUCACUUCACGGAUGUAUUCCGUUCACAUUAGAUGCCGCAUUCAUUGUUGCAAUGUGAACGACCGCACAAAAAGAUCGGAUUUAACAAAAAAUCCGAAUUGUGCAUCAUGACCUGCAGUGUGAACGUAGCUGAAGUUGAAACGAAACAAGUCUUUUCAUUGACUUAACUUGCAUUUUCAAGGCAGCAGGUGAACUUGCAUUUGUAAGUUAAACUAGCUUGGAAUGUCUUACAGUGCAGCAGUUACAGCCAUUGAAAAUGACAGUGUAGAAAUUGUCACUUAAUAAUGGUCUCAUUUGAUGUUGUAGAUCAAAGAAAUGCAUUAGCUUCUGCUUAUUUUAGUCUGUUUAAUGACCUUUCAAAAACUCCUCACAGAAGCGUCAAGAUGAAACAGGUUUAUAGGUGCAAGUAUUUAAGAUUUGCCCAGUGAUUUUGGUGUUAAAUGGUCUUGUAUAAUCAGAAGAAAUAGAAACUAAUUACUUUUGAUAGGUCACAGACAUAAUGGAGGUGUGGUUGUAGUAGUUGUGUUGGGUUGGCUAUGUUAAGUUUCUUUUCAUGGGGCCUGUAAUUCUCGAUGACCCUUUAUGACGGUACUUUCCCUUUUACUUGAGUACUUACCGAAGCUUGUCACCCACCGCUGCUUUAUUCUUUCAAAUAGCGUAAAAAAAGUGGUUUAUGUUGCUUUUGAUAACGAAGUGAGGGCGGGCUGAGUCAACCUGCCACUCCCCGCUCAGGCCUUCACGGGCGCGCGCCUCCGCUCCUGCGCGCCGCUGUCACGCUUUACAACCAACAGGCGCAGAAUUCCAGAGAGGAAGUCACUGAGAUUGGGAAACGAACAACUCCAAAGGUGGCAAAAACACCAAAUCUAAACUCACCUCCAGUCUGAGAGAAGUCACUGUACGGCAAUUCGGCUUCGGGAGCAGCGAAAACCAUAAAGUUUGGGGUAUGGACUAGAGGCGGCGGGUCGCAGCAGAUGGAGGCGGUGAGAAGUUUGGUGUUUGUCGGGGCCGUGCUGCUCGGAGUGACGGGCGCGUUGGGCAGAGAAGGUGGGUAACUUUCGCUGCGUUUUUCCUCCUUUAAGACACACAUUUUGGAAAAAUUGACACUCUGCCUACACGAGAUAUUGAAGUGAAAUACGUGGGUAAUGUUUGAGUGAAUUCUUGAGGUUGAGCUUUCCACCAAAGAGGUUGAUAUUUCUAGCUAGGACCACAUUCCUCCGUGAGUCCGCAGCCCUCGUCACUCAGUCACUGCUGAGGCUCGUGGGAUUUAUGAAGCGCUGAUAAGGUGAAAAAAUGGCACCUGUCACAGAGUUGUCCUCGGGUAAAAAAAAACAUAUGUAGGUCUAAAACUUUUCAAAACAACUUGUAGCACGGGUUUGUUGCACAAAUAAGCACUGUAGUAGUAACAGGUAAGAAAUAUGAGAACCUGCUUUGCAGCUUAGGGGACAGAUACAGGCACUGGGUGACUGGGUGCGCGUGCAGGCGGACGUUAGGCUGGUUUGCUCAGUGCGUAAACAAAAACAAACCAACAACAAUAACAAGCGGUGCAUUGUGUUCAAGGGAUCAUGACGAUGUCAAUUAUUCACUUCUGGCUCUAAAGAGGACAUUGUCUAAUAGAGGGCUACUUGCAGCUUGAGUGCAUGCCAGUAAAACUGGAGCUAACUUAAAGUGCAAAGAAGAGCGAGUUUGCAAGAAAAUCACUGCAAAUCAGGGUUUAUUUUGAAAAUCAGGUACUGCUUGGCAAAAGGGACAUUAGUUAAUUGUGUCGUUUUUUUUUAACAGCACCUGCCUAAUCAUUUUUUUACACCACAGGCUGCAGGAAAUGUAGGACCUAAAACAAAACAAAAAUCAACAACAAUAAAAAAAACAUUUAAAGUGACACUUGGGGGGCCUUUUAGUUUUUCUUCCUAAAUGUUGGUUUUGCUUGAGGAUUUGUCAAAGUAAAACCCUGUCAAUAAUAUUUAUUUAUCUUCAGCUGUAAUUUGUAAUCGCAAGUGCAUGCAUUGCCUUUUUUAUAGUUAGAGAUUGAAUGUUAAGAGGAGUCAAUCAUCAAUAAGCCUGGCCAUAUUUUUGUGAAAGCACUUAAUAUGUCAUUCAGUUUUUAUUGAUGUUUCCUUUUCAGUGAUCAUUACCUUGCAGAGGAACUGGGUCAGUGCAGUGCUUUUACAUGAUACCAAUGAUGUUGAAUGAGACUUCUACUAAAGAGUCGUCAAUAAUUUGGAGCUAAAAUUAAUAAAAUAAGGUCGACAUAUUGUACCCAAGUGCCUUUGUCUGUGGCUACCCCCACCUCCAUCAUCUCUACUACACACACUAACAAAGCCAAUAGUCACAGGUGAAGUGAUUUCAAAAUACAGCAGCAUUGUUGGUGGGAACAGGUUGGUGCACUUUGCCUCUCAGUGUCAAUCUCUGAAGCAUCAGUUCACAACCAGCGACGUGAUUGGCGUGUGUGUGAGAACCUGAACAACGCAUCACAAAAGCAGAUAACUCUAAUCAGCUGCAGCCACUAGGUGUUGUUUUCGUGCUAACACAUGAACACACAUCCUGUGAACCAUGAGCGUGUGAGAUUUCAAAGGUCAGCAGUUGUUUUUCUUUCAGUGGUCAGAAAUAAUUAUCCUGCCCCUACACUGUUUGUAUGAUUGUCAAUGUGUGUGUGUGUGUGUGUUUGUGUUUGUGUGUGUGUGUUCAAAUGAGCCCAGUAUCUGCCAGGUUCAUGUCCUUGUCACACACCAGUGCCCUCAUUGAGUGAAACUCACAGCAAAGUGAUUAAGCUGUACUGAAUGGCAGUCAGUGGAAGGUUAACCUGACCAGCAGUGACUCACACAUCCCGACUGUGUGUCAGUGAUCUGAUCAAUGUGAGGUGAGGCGGGGGCCAACGGUGGACCAUCAACACCAGCCUAAAAAGAAGCUGUGGACACCUCUGUGCCUGCUUGUCUUUGGAUUGAGAUAGAUGCCAUCAAUCAAAUAAUGAAAUUUUCGCAGGCAAUUCACAGUAACACAAUAAUUCCUGAGAGAUUAUCCUUCCAGAUCCCAGUGAUCUGAUCCCAGUGAUUUUUUUAAAUGUGUCUAGCUCAAAAAAACGUCCACUAAAGAGAGAAAUACAGAUAUAGUACUGCAUAUACAAGCUGAUUUUAUGUCAUGUAUGACAUGUCACUUCCAAUUAAAGAAAGUGUGGAGUAAGCUCAGAGUUUGAACAUCCGCAUCUGUAUCUCCUCGCAUAGUUAAAAUGAAGCCCUAAACAGCAUACUGUGCUGUUAUUUUGGAGCCAGGACAUAUGUAGAGGUGUUAUGGCUUAAUCUCCAGCGGAAAAUCCCUUAGGUUGACACGGCUCACAGCAGACCAGGUUCUUGUGUUGAUUUCAGGUGGGCAUUCACAGGUCAAUCAUGAUGUUACAUCCCCUCUUACUGAAAUUGAAUAACUAAUUUGAACUUCUUUACAAAGUUAACAGUUGCACAUAAAUUAAGUUGAUUGAUAUUCAUUCAUUAAUAUUCAUCACACUAACUCAAAACUGUAUGUCAACGAACAUUUCAAUGCUCUAUAUUUGCUAAUGCUAUACAAAGGGUUUUUGAAGACAUAUGUUUUUGCACAAUAGUUUCUCAGUGAUAAUAAAUUGAAGAUUUACCAGUUUACAAUAGUUGAAUAAAAACCAGUGUGUUAACUGUCCCUGUUUUGGUCUCAUACAUGGCUAACAAAUACUCUGCUCUUCAGUAGAUGAGAGCCAGCCUGUAAAUCUGAAGAUAUCUUGAAAGUGAUCAGUACAAGCUCAUUAAAUAAGCGGUUACUCAAGCUCUUCUUUCAACUAAUUUUAUAUUUGGUGCAGUCAUAUUGACAUUAUGAACAACUUACACAUUUAAAACAUAUAUUUUGUUAUCACUCUAAGCACCAGCGUAGAGUUAAUCAAAGUAGAAUUGAAUCCUCAUACUGAUAAUGUUGUUAAUGAAAUGACAUUAUCUUUUGAAUUUAGCAGAUUAAGUCUUUUUCUGGGAAUACUCUGGUAUUUUUAACAAAUGGCUCCAUGGACUGAUUUCAAUCUGGUUUGGUAAGUUUCACAACAAAACAGUGAUACAGAGGACUUCUUGACUUAAAACAAGGCACUAUGACAAUCUGAGCACCUUUUCCCUUUUCCCAGUAUCAUACAAAAGCAUAAGAAGAUAUAGUGCAAACUGACAGUUAAGCAUCCAUACAUAAAUACUCUGGUUAAGGUUUAUUUAGAUUUUAUGGCUCUAAUCAAGCGAAGUUUUAUUGGGUUUAAUAUUACAGAUGUUUUCAAACUGUCUUAAAUGUGUUUGUAGAUGUACCUCUGGUGCAGAGGUGUUGUGUGUACUUGUGUUUAUAGUCUCUGUAUGACGGCUGAAUGAGUGAGGAGCUCAUGUCUGACGCUCCGGUACAGUACGAAUCCUGUUCUGCUUGUCUGUUGAGCAAUACCUGUUUUUUCUUCCUCGGCGGUAGAGAGAGGGGGAAAGAAUGUGUUCAGGGAGGUUAGGAGAACUUCACAGCUCAAGCAAGAUGCAUUGCCAGGAUUAGUGCUGCAUCAGAAUAGGGACUGACGUGUUAAAUCUGCAGGCUGACACAAUGACAGAGAAAGUCCUGAUGGAUCAGAUGUUCUGUUUGUGUUGAGCUUUGAAAGGAUCUGACCCACUGGGAGAAAGUGGAGUACAGAAGAUCCUUUUAGGUUGUUCCCUCUGCGUGCUUCUCCACCAUGGAUCAGUCUAACUCCUGCAGUAGCAUCGACGCUGUCAUGUGCCUGUCACUUACAAUGCGAACUCUUAUAAACAUGCACACUCCCUUUGCUAGCUGGCAUGGAGCCACAUGCAGGUGUGGCUUCAGGCUGGCUUUCAGUUUGCAGACACACACUCAAGCAGCAUAUGUGCACAAGACACACUCAGUUUACCGUCACAUUCAGUCAGGAAAGCCAGAUUAGGAUCUAAUCAGUAACUAAUAAUUUUGGCAAGAUCGAGUAGAUUUAAAAAAAAUAAACUAAAAGUAAAUCAACAAAACUCUGGGGGGGACCACUUAUCUAAGGGAAAUAAGAUGAUUAAAAACAAUAUAAAGGGAAAAACUAUUUGACACUUUGCUUUGAAAUAUACAGUGUGAUUUAUAUCUUUUUUACAGAGCAGACUAGUUAGAAAUGGAAUACAGUAAAAAGGAGAUAGUAGAGCAAUACCUGCCAUAGCUGCACACACACACAGUGAAAUUAAAUUGUCAGUGUUUUUUAUAUUAAACAUUUAAUAGUUUGAUAUUUUAUAGUUCUAUUUAAUACAUAUAUUAAAUAUAAAGGGGUAAGUUGACUUGACCCACAUGAUAUUUUAAACUUAAACUUAGCCAAUAAUGAUGAAAAUAGAAAUAAUUUUAUAAGACAUUUCCCUUUUUCAAAUAGUCCUUAUUAUUUUCUUUGGGUUAUUAAAAAAUAUUAAACCAAUUAAAGUUUGUUUUUCAGAACCUUUUAUAUUUGCAAUCAUUAAUAUAAUAUUGAAAACUUCUCUUGAAUGAGUGUAUUUAUCAAAAAUAAAAGAUCAUUCUGCUAAUUUGAGUAGCAAAGACCUAAUAAAAAUUCUAUAAAUUGUGAUUCAUAUUGGUUCAAUUUACCCCAAGGCUUUUGGUUCAUCAUUGCCCCAUGGCCAUCGUUUUGAUAAAACCUAAUUAAUUUAAUGCUUCAGAAUGAUAUUUUGCUAAAUGAUUCACAUAGUUCUAUACAUUGAAUAUCACUAACAUGCAUGAUGAUGUAGUUUAAGUUUAGACCUGGGUCCAUUUGCUUUAACAUAAAAAUAAUUAUACCACAAAUGUAAAAAAUUCCACAGCCUGUUGGAAAUGAUGUUUGUGUUCUUAUUUUAGGGUCACAUAACAACUCGUGUAUAAUUUUAAAGAUCAAGGGGAUGGUUCGUUCAUCUUACCCGUUCUGCUACAUAUAUUUUAAUAUAAAAAUAAAAAAAAACACAUUCAGUAACAUGACAUAAAGGUUCUUUUAUGAAACAGAUGUGAACAAUUACAAAACAAUUCAACAUUCACUCCAAACCAACAGUCACACUAAACCAUGCAACAUUCACUCCAGAUCAACAGUCACUCACACGAUCGCAACAAAACCAACAUAUAUACUAGUGCACGGACAGUUUGAGCUACUGCCCCUUGAAAAGGACUGUUUUGGUGAGCUUCUGUCUCACAUUGUCUUUCUGUAGGCUAAGCGUAGUCAUUUUAGCAAUGUGGUGCAACCUUAAUUUGAAAAAAAGGGACACAACUAAUGUCAACAGUGUGUUGUGGUGACUGUCGAUGCCAUAGCAUGUAUCAAUGAUAUGGCUUGUCGAAAGGAAAAAUUAUGUUUUGUGUCUCUUGACAAAUAUGUCAGUUUUGAUUGUAAAGGUUCCCUACACCUUGUUGUAGUUUGCACGCUUAUUCAUAAAAGUGUAUGAGUGACAUGAGCAAGUGACAGCCUGGGGUUCUCAAUCCUUUUACACAGAUUACCACCUCAAAUAAUGUUGGGUUCUUCUAGUAACACCAUCAUAUCCUUUCCUGGGCACCAUUGAGAUGAAUGAUUUAAUGUCAAGCCAUAUGAUGCUCUUAUUUGUCAGUGACAUUCCACACGUGUACAAAUACUCACAACAUCAGGUGGAGGUUUAUCCUGGUGCAGGUCCAUGGGCAGGUAUUCUUCUGCUCUUCUAGAGGCAGCUGUGCCUCUUGUUGCUACCGGGUAAAAGAAACAGUUAAAUAUUAAAAUGUGCUUAAUGCACAACACUUUAUGUAUUCCUAAACUUGCAGAAUCAUAAAACAUUGAUUUAUCCAUCUUUAACAGCUUGAAUUCUUGUUGGCCAAUGGUACACAUACCCUCUGGAGAUGAGCAGGGAAGUUGAAAAUGGUUUGCACAACACCAGCUCUAAGCCAGACAGUCUGCCCUGUCCUGUCAAAAUCCUCACUCCUGAAAUGUUCGCAGCAUAGUUUUUAGUUGAAACAAAACGCUCCCUUCGUAGAGCAACUUUCCAUUGCCUCCUCUUCUCUGCGUUUUGGGGAAACCUUAAAAACAUGAGAAGAUAACGAGAUAUGAAUUAUUGACAACAUUUUACACCCUUCUUACCUUUAACAUUAAUGGUAAAGACAAAAAGACAGAGCUAAAUUAUGAUAUUGUUGGGGUAAUUCAUGUAGCCUAUGCUUGAAUGCCAUUAUGUAAACUUCAAUAACAAGUCAAUAACAAUAGCAUGUCAACAAAAUGUGAAAAAGAAAUAUUCAAUGAUUAUUGUGUAAACAAAUGGUAGAAACAUUUUUAAAAACUUCAGGGUGGAAAUAACUUGUAUUGUACAAGUACAAAUUUAACUAAGUUAGUAACAAUUAUCCUAAAUAUGUCCCUCAAGUCAUUUCUUAUGAGUGAAAGGUGAUUCCACGGGCUCUUGUUUGAACAGAAUGUUCAUUUGAGCAUCCAUGUGCUGCACAAAAGUCUGGCAUCUUGGACUGUCGGGGGUAUUUCUGUAAACACAAAGCCAAUGAAUCUAAAUUAAGGAUAUAUUUUACUAAUGAAACAGCUUGGAAAUCAUAUUAUUUAUGUUAAAACAAAAGGGUAAUUCUGCCUUUCACACCUGUAAAGAAUCACGUCUAGGCUACUUUGCAAUAGUCUCAGUGGACCACUAUGUCACAUUCACAACCUCUUGUUUCUUUGCUAGCUAAUAAACACAACUACAUCCACAAAAAUCGUCAUGUAGACAAAAUAUGUGGUUGUCACAAAAUUAUUAUUGGUCUCACAGAAACAUAUAUAAUAACUGAAACUCCCAGAUUGCAGCCUUGCAAAUGGCUGUGACAGACACACAACUAUGCAGCAAAAUGAAAUCGAUUUUCGAAAAGAGAAGCUGCACUUUCAACAUGUCCAUGCGGCCUGAAUCAUAGCCACGUUAAUAAGGUUUUUAAUAAACCAAAACGUUUGUAAAUCCGUCAAGAUUUCAGCGAGUUAAGUGUAUUUUUGUUUGUGUAGGUCGCUCACCUUCCAUCCACUACUGUAGAGUGCGCAGAGAAGUCCCCCUAGGUAAGAUGGCCGCUCGGUGACGACGCGGUCGAAAGUCCCAUCAUCCAUCCAGUCUUUCUAAAUAUCUAUGGGCUACAUUCCGUCCUGCUAAUGCAUCAGCGAGUGCAGGAAGUCUCAUGCCAAGUUUGAGCCUUCUUAUGAUGAUAAUAAUAAUAAUAAUAACAAUAAUAAUAAUAAUAAUAACUUUAUUUAUAUAGCACUUUUAAAAACAGAAGUUUACAAAGUGCUUUGACAAACAGUUGCAAAACACUAACAACAAAAUCCUGUUGUGUAACUUGUUGUGAUACCAGAAUAGUAAAUGAUUUCAAGAUGCCAGUGAGGAUCAUCAGUUUUGUGGGUGACACACUGCUGAGUAGAGACCAUCUUGUAACUUGUAGGGUCAAAGGUCACUUACUUAAAGCCUCUGAACUACAAACCUGGUGUCUCUGUGGUGAAAUACAUACAUGUAUGUCAUCUUUUAGAUAUGCAAAGAUGCACAUUGCUGUGAAAUGACACUUUCCAGAGUCAAAAAUAAGUCAGGACCUGACUCAUGGACAAGCAAAGGAACAGAGGGGAAUUUUUUAACUGAGUUGGUCAUCAAAGAGGUCAUUAAAAAGAUGUAAUGAUUGGAUUCAGAGGGGCAAUGAGAGCAAAGUAAGUGAUAGAAGAUUUUUAGACCGGGGGACUGAGGGGUGGGCUGCUCCUCACAAGGCUGCACAGACACACAUGCACAGGCGUUGCUGAGAGACUUUUAGAAAGCAAACAAUGUGGGAAUAAAAGGAGAGGAAGCUGAGUGCUGGCUUUACACACACUUUUUAGAAAUGGAAAAUCUGCUCUGUUCCGGUGCAUUUACCUAAUCCCUGGAACUGGAGCUGUCCCUGUGUUGUUUGUGUGUUUGGUUUUGUAGUUGUUCAUGCAGAUUGCAGAGUUUUCGGGAGUUUGUUUCUUAAGUGAUAUUCUAUCUGACUGAAAAAAAGAUUUAAAGUUUAAAAGCACAACUCCCCUUUUAGUUUCACAACACGUAUGAAUAUUUUCCAAGAUGACAUCAGUGAAGGAGGCUGUGAUUAGUCAUUUGAUUUGAUAUAUCUGACACAAGCUGGGUGUGUAUUUUUGGCAGCUGCUCCACUAGUCAAAGACCCAGAUUUUAUGCUUGUCAGAUUUUGGUGCAGACUUAAUUUACAUCUAUAGCUUGUUAGCUCGGCUGCAGGAGCUUUAAUGUGGGUCAAGUGCUUGGCAAUCAGCAGGAAACUCCACACGUGGCAGACGCACAUUCAUGAUAAGAGCAUGUCUGAAGCUCAAACCUACUGAACUUCAUCACCCUCGAUCUUCCUCCCUGACAGCACUUCCUGUUCCUCUGAUGAUGUAUCUGAGACAUCUUUCCCCCAAAGGAGGGACAGAUAUAGCACUAAGAGAGGAGACAGAGGGGGGGUCUUCAAUCAGGAAAAGUGGGUUGACUAUUGAAGGACUGUUGGAGAGGAGCCAAAGGAAGUCAUUUAUAACCCCAGCAGAGGGACAGCCCACAGUGAGUGUGUGACUGCCUGCUAAAGCUCGGCAGCUAUGUGCAUGUGUGGGAGACAGCCUCCAUGAAUUGUAGAGCUGUAUGACCCUGAAUGUGACCCACUGUGGGGAAUCUGUGCUCUCUGCUGCCAGUGGAAAAUAUACCGUACACACUCAGAGACCUACAGAGGCAGUGCAGACAGUGUGUGUUUCAUACGGCUGUGUUCAAGGCCGCUUGUAAACAGUUACACAGUCAAAAUAUGUGCAGUCCACGUUUAUACGGUGUGAAUCAUUUUGAGUCUCUACAUAAAUUCUCUGCCUGUAACUGUCAGUAUCUCUUACUCAUAAAUAUUAGGCUAUCAAAUUGUAAAGGUGUAGAAUUUUUUAAAUGAUACAUUUUGAUCUCAAGGAAUUAUUAACAAAGACUCUGAACAAAUAUAAAGGAAUAUAUAGUAAUUAUUCAGUAUGCCUGAAGGAAGUUAUAACUUAAGGGGAAAAAUUAACCUUAAACUAACUUUAAUUCGGACAAAGAAGAAGGGUUUUUGUGUUUCAGUGAGUGGGGUGAGACUAUGGGACAGGUUUUCCAUAGAGUUAGAGCAAUGUUCAAUCAUGACAGUUUAAAUGAGGUAUGAAGACCCUCCUUUUCAGAGGUACAGGGAUGAGGACGGUGUUGGGUAGUACUAAGUGUUAUGAGGUUAUUGUUUCUUUUAUUUUGUUUUUUUGUUUCUUUCUUGUUUUAUUUUGUUUUGUUGUUUUUAUGUGUGCUUAAGCGGAUGUAGAUUUUGUUUUGUAAUACAAAGUCAUGAAUGUACUUUAUUUAUCUAUAAGUAUCGGGUACAUCUAAACAAGUUGCAAGGAAGCUUGGUGUGGGUAAUUAUUAUUUAAAGGGAAGGAGUGAGAGUUCACAAGUUAUUCUUCUUCUCACUCCUUUUUGAAUAUAUCUCUGUGUUUUAUGUUUAAAUAUUUUGCCUUACUUUUCUUGUUUUAUUUUUUAUAUUUUUGGUUUGCAUAUUCGAAAUAAACUUCAAUCAAUCAAUCAAUCAAAAAUCAUUCCCCUCUCUGACUGACAUUCUGUGAUCUGUGGUUAAUAUACGUGUUAAACAAGGAAAGACAAAACAAAAAACAAAACAGUGGCUCCUUAAGCAUGUAGAGGACAAGAAAAGUAAAGACUGCUUUGACACAAAACAAAAGUUCCUCACGGUAGCUUUAAAAUACCAUCACUGUUGGAGAGAAAACUUUCUCUGCUUAUUUUCCAACAAAAUUUGUUGGUCAAGAGGUGUUUGGCUUAAAAAGUGUUUCUAAGGUGAUGGAGUUAUUGCAAAAGUUUUAUAAAUCAGGGAAAAGGGGCAUGAUUGGACAUCAAGUGCAUUUUCAGUUCUUUUUCUGCUUAGACCAUAAACCCUAAAGAUUUGAAAUAAUGAUGGUAUAAAGAAGAAAAAUGUCACGUUCAAAGUUUCAGUGCAUUUAGGUGAUCAGUAUUUUGUAACAUUUUCUCUUUUUGUUGUAGUGUACUUCUACAUAAACUACACAUUGUGCUCUUGUUUUCUCUCCUCUUCUGUGGUGGUAUCUUUUAUGUUGAUGGUUUUUGCACUCCAUAUGAUUUUGAAAGGCGGUAAACCCGACUAGCUAUCAUAGUGUACGAAUGUUCAAUGUUGAGCGGUAGUGUUUAUAAUAAUAAUAAUAUUGCAUCAGAUUUCAUAUAGCACUUUAUUAGAGACCCUCAAAGCGCUUUACAUUGGAUACAUCAUUCAUUCGCUCACACAGUCACACUUUGGUGCCUUUUUUUUCAGUAUGCCUGGGUACAGACAUGAAGCUGGCCUUGCCCUCCAGCCUGGAAAAUCACUACGAGAUCCUGAAGCUGCUCUACACCGGCUGCCAGGUCGUCCACGGCAACCUGGAGAUCACACACCUUCAUGGAAACCCUGACCUUAGCUUCCUACAGGUGAAAAAUUUUUUUUAUUCAAUCAUCCUGUCCCCACCAAAGGCUUAUAUUUUUAACAUCUGUAUCUCUUCUUUUUCAGGGGAUUGUGGAGGUUCAGGGUUAUGUACUCGUAGCUCACGUGUCAGUAAGUCUGGUUCCUUUAGACAACCUAAGGAUCAUUAGAGGCAGUCAGCUGUACAACUCUAGCUAUGCCCUGGCUGUGCUGGAUAACACUCUGGGCGGACAGGGGCUCAGAACGCUCCGGCUCCGUUCUCUUACAGGUCAGAUACUUGAUUAAUAAAAUUCUGGACUGGACUGGAGCAGUGUGUUUUUCACUUCAGAAAUGUUUGUAUUCUCUUCCUUGCAGAGAUCUUGCUGGGUGGGGUGUAUAUUUGGAGGAACCCUCAGCUGUGCUUUCCGGAUGCCCAAAACAUCAUAUGGAGGGACACUUUCGACGAACAGAAAAUCCCCUCAAGGCAACUACAACUACAACCUCGAGCUUCAAAUUGUAAGCAGCCUAUAUGAUGCAGAAAUAACACAAGAAAGAGGGCUUUUAAGUUUUUCAAGGACACUUUGGGUCAUUUUUCACAUAAACAAAGUUACUUCAAAUUAUCAAACAGUCAGGCACUUGAUCAUCGAGGCAUAUCAUUUAAAGUUUAUUCAGACUGAAAUAUAUUGACAACAAACAUGGUAGAAUUUACUAUGAAUAAAUAACAUCAAAUGACAAAUUAACUUUCCUGUCAACUCCAGUUUGGCCAAGUGUAUAAGCUGAUAUUUGCAUGCUAACAGGUGAAACUAGAAUGGUAAACAUGACACAUUUGGACUGCUAAACUUCACAAUUUAUCAAAUGUUCGCAUAUUAACUAGCAAAUAUCAAUAUUGAGCUCAAGUUGCAUCCUUGAAAGAACUAGCUUGUACCACAGGAACUGGUCAGAUGUAUCCUCUGAAGUUGAAAAGCUUUGUAGUGUGUUUGCUUGGAUUGUACUAUUCCCAGCAUAGAGUUUUAAUUCGUUGACAAAAGUGACACUCAGCUCUCUCUACUUGUUUUUGUUUUUUUGUUUUGCUGGUAAAGGUCCAAGUUGUGCCACUGCAUGUAAGGAAAGCUGCUGGGGAGAAACUGCACAGGACUGCCAGACCUGUGAGUUGAUAUUGUGUGUGACAGUAACGCUAAACUAAACACAAUUCCAGAUCAGGAAAAUUAAGACUCGAAACAUUCCCUCUUCUAUCUCGGUUUGCAGUGACCCGUAUUAAGUGUACAUCUGGCUGUCAGCGCUGUAAAGGUCCCUUACCAAACGACUGCUGUCAUAUGCAGUGUGCUGCAGGAUGCACAGGACCCAAAGACUCAGACUGUCUGGUAAAUGGCACACACACACACACACACACACACACACACACACACACACACACACACACACACACACACACACACACACACACACUGUUGCAACAUUUGUUGUGUCUUUGUGUAGUCAGUCAGCCUUUUGUUUCUUUUGGUUUAACAUAUUUCCUUGUUCCUUCUCUCCAGGCCUGCCGUCACUUCAAUGACAGCGGCGUGUGCAAGGAAAACUGCCCUCCCCCCACCAUCUAUGACCCGGUCACCUUUCAGACCAAACCGAACCCAAACAAGAAGUUCAACUUUGGAGCCACCUGUGUGAAGACAUGUCCCUGUGAGAACCUUUCUUAUGAAAGUUAUCUUUUCAAAAAGCUGCAGCACAAUACUCACCUAGUGGCCCCUCUACUGCUCCACCAGUGCACCUGAUGAUUGAAGCCUUAUGCUGCAGGGCACCUUCAAUGACAGUGGAUGCUGACAGAAGAAAAUAUUAUUUCAGUCAAUUACUCUGCCAAGAAGCCCACACAAAUUCCAGGAAUUCAAACCUGACAGGAUUGCAGUUACAUUCCUGCUCCCGUAUUGCUUUAGGCUACCAACUUCCCAUUUCAUCAUAUUUAAGUCAGACUCUUUUUGCCGUGAGGAUACCUUUUAAACACCCUGUUUCCCAUCUGUAGAUAACUAUCUGGCAAUGGAAGCGGCCUGCACUUCGCUUUGCCCUAAAGCCAACCAGGAAGUUAUCAUUACAAACCCUGAUGGAAAUGAGACGCAGAAAUGUGAGAAGUGUGAAGGAGACUGUCCCAAAGGUGAGAUUAUUUUGAUCAGGACACUUUACACAAAAUGUACUCUUAUACACUCAGCGGUCUGUUUUGUGCCAGUGGUUCAGACUGCUGUUUAAAAGUUUAGGAUAUAAAUAUGUACCAAAAGGAGGGACCUUACAUAUCAAUAUAACUAACUAAAACCCACUUAAAUAUUCUUUCUGAGAGCAUGUUGCACUUUGUCACCACAGUGAACCCCCCCCCCCCAAAAAAAAAAAAAGGUUUCAUAAAGUACACAUCAUCUUAAAAAGUUUUGGUAAACACGGAACAACUAGUUAUGUCUAAAUCCUUCCAGAAUCAUCCAGAAGAGCACUUUUGACACAUGAAUAAAACAGGGCAUUUGUAGCAUGAAUGCGCAUUUUAUAAAUUUGGAUCAAAUGUGCAAUCAUAUUUCAAGAGGGACCAGAAUCCCUCUGAACCAUAUCUAUGAUUUUUUUUUAAUCCAAGAAUUCGACUCGCUACCCAAAUAGUGUAAAAAACAUACCUUAUGAAAAAGCCAAACGUGUAGCUACUUUAAAGUCUAGAAUAAAAACAAUUUCACACUACGUGGUUCAAAUUUCGUUCAAGGAAUGACAAAGAUAAUUAAAGUUAGGUAUUCACCACAUGCAUUACUUGAUGCUGAAGCACAGAUGAUUAUGUUUUGUUCUGCACAUACUGAUGUUCUGAUGCAUCACGUGCUAACAGUGUGAUCAAGUGGACCAACCUGUUUCAGCUGAAUCUUGUUGUUUUAACUCGGGUACGGGUUAGUAAAGUAAAACGACUGACAACAACAAGAACGAGGUAGUUUAAAGCACCCAUCAUCUUGUUCAGGUCAUCGUUCAUCCUUAGCAUCCUUAGCACAUUUGUUUUUAACAUUAUGGCAGUCUUAUCUCCCCAUGCCUUCAACAUCUGAAAUAUACAAUCUUUUUCAGUAUGUUAUGGUCUGGGUAUAGACAACCUUGGCGUCACGGAAACCCAUGGCAUCACUAUGGUAACAUCAUCAAAUGUGGAGCAGUUCAACAAGUGUAAGAAGAUAUUUGGAAAUCUGGCCUUUCUCCCUCAAAGCUUUGCAAGGUAAGAAACACAACAGGCAAGUCCACAAGACAUACAAACUGUUUGAGCUCAUAAAGAAACACGUUACUGAAUCAAACCAAAUAAUCAUACAUAGUUUUAAGUCUAUGAAAAGUAAAGUUUAAAUGCCAAAACCUUAAGUUUACAGAAACUCUUUUGCUGAGGAUUCUUUGUUCUGGUCAAAGUUCAAGUUGCCGACCAGCCAAACCCUUUAGAAGAAAUGAACUUAGCUCUCGAAAUCAUGUUCACCCUCACUGUAUUUUUGAGUCAAAUAUGAGAACCUGAGCUUUUGUAAAUGUCUUCUUUGUCAAAUGAAAGCAAAACAUUUUAAAACAGGCAGUAAAACAAUGAUAAAGGGUAAGCAGACUAGUCUGAAGGCGCAGCAAUAAAGUAAACAGCAAUAAUCAACAAGCCAGCAUGGUCUGUUGAUUCGUUUUUGUUCAAUAGAAGGUUGUUGGAUCAGCCUUCGUCAGCCAAGCAAAGAAGCCAAAUCCCCGAUAAGUCCUUUUGCUUGUGCCAGCAGUUCACAAUGAAUGUGUGAAAUGUAAACAAACACCUGAGAAUACCUGCACCACUACAGAUUUUAUCAACAGAGAUGUUACAAGAUGAUUAUUUAGAAAUGGUCAAAGGAUUGGUUUCUUUGGUUUUGUGCUAAGUUGUCAUAAAUCUUUGGAACAUUGUCCAGGGACCCUGUGACCAACACAUCAGGACUGAACCUGGAGCAGCUGAGCGCCUUUAAGAAACUGGAGGAGAUUACAGGUGAUUUCUGAAUUCUUCCAAAGCCUUUAAAAAGCAAUGAGAGGCAAAUGAACUUUUUUUCGAGAUUGAACGGAUUCAGAAAAUCAGCAAAUGCUAUUUUCCUGGCUAAUCCUGUGACUUUUCUACCUGUGUUAAGCUUUUCUGUUCGACUUUGACAUGCAGGUUAUUUGUAUGUUGAUGGCUGGCCAGAGGAAUGGAGCGACCUGAGUGUGUUUGAAAACCUCAAGGUGAUCAGAGGCAGGACGCUCUACAAGUAAGACUCUAACAGCAUGUCUGAAAACUACAUGUUACCCAUAAUGCCUGUAAAUACAAACUUAGUCUUUAUUCUGUGUCACUUCUCUGAAUGUGGUUGCCUACUCAUACUUGGUAUGCAGCUCUUAGUGUGUGAGUGCUCUUUUUUUUAUGAUCAGUCCCUGAAUCAGUUAAGGCAGUUAGUUCACUCUUGGGGUUAUAAAGGCUAAUUAUUAGCCAACACAGCUGCUGUUUACUUGCAACAAUAAACAACAGUUCAAGUAUAUGAGAUGCCAUCCAGUGUAGCAAGCUCAAUCUAGGUCAUUCUGAUAAACGCAGAAACUGCCUGUCUGAUUCUGUGUGACGAGUGUAACAUUAUGGGACAGUGUUAUCUUUGAAAAUAAGACGUUUCUGUUGUUUCUUAAAGUUGAAAGCUGUUCUCUGCUCUGUUCAUUUAACCCGAAUUGAUCCCUUGAUUUGUUUUUCAAAUCCUGUUUAGGGGUGUGUUUUCACUCGCAGUCCAAAAUCUCCACAUCCAAUCUCUCGGGUUGCGUUCACUACGCAGCGUCAGUGGAGGGUUGGUCCUGUUGCACAACAAUUCCCGGCUGUGUUACACCGAUUCACUUCCCUGGGAUAGUCUCCUCCAUCCCACCCAGGGACCCCACCGUAUAGUCAGCAACAACCAGAAACACGAACUCUGUGGUUGGUUUAAACACACACACACACACACACACACACACACACACACACACACACACACACACACACACACACACACACACACACACACACACACACACACAAACCUUAUCUCAUAAUUCAAACAAAGCAAUGCCAAGGUCCAUUAAAGAUAUUAUAGGUUGCACUUUGAUCAGACACUUUUCAUUUGGCAGCUAUCUGUAUCCAAGUUUACCAGCUCUGAAAAAUACUAAAUUAGAUUUCUUUGAUAUUAUUGAUUUUAGGUUCAUGCAUUUUAUUCCUCAUUUGUAGAGGGUUAAGCUGCUGUUGAAUAUUUAACAUUCAUUUAUAAAGGGUGUUUUUUUCUGCACUGCCCAUCUUGAGUGUUUUGAAUCCAUUUCUUAUGACACACAUGUGACUUUGCAACUGAAGCCCUGACAAAGAGUACAACUCCUGUUGUUUUCUUUGUCUAUUUCUGUUUUUAGAGGCAGAAGGACGUGUUUGUCACCCACUGUGUAAGGGGGGUUGCUGGGGUCCAGGACCCAGCCAGUGUGUGUCCUGCAGGACUUUCCAACGUGGCUCUGAAUGUGUUGAGCAGUGUGAUAUCUACCAGGGGUAAGGGUUUUUUUUUAUUUUUUUUAUUUUUUUUUUGAGUGUGUAUUUGUAUAUUUAGAUCAGUAUGUGUGGCUGUGCUCAAACUAAAAGACCAAAUAAAUCUCCCAGUUUAGAAGCAACUACAUAAUGUCCUGACGUUUAAAAACAAGCAGACUUUUGUGGAGUUGGCUGGAUUUAAAGUUGGUGCCAAUCCAACUAAGGGUUCACAAUAAAUCAAUCUGAAAGCUUUUAACUUGAAUUGUUCCCCUGAGCAAUAUUGACCAAACAAACUCUUGUGAUAACACAGUGGACUCGGGACGUUUUUCAACGCGUAACCUAGGCAAACAUUUCACAAAUAAUAGAUCCAUUCAGGUUGUUAUUUUGCGAUCAAUUUACCAGCUGUGUGGUGAUAUACAUUAUAUAUUAUACAGUCUUGAUUUGUGAAAGUAAUGCACAAUAAGGAAUACAAAGGAGUAAAGCCCACUCUGCAGCACAGCUUUGUUAAAAAUAAAAAAAAACAUGAGAUUAACCAAAGCAUAGCAGUUUCGUUAUAGUACAACAUGGCGGCAGCUACAACCAGUGAGACAUGGUGGCUUAACGACAACAUGCCAAAAGGACGAAAAAGCAUGCAGUCAAAAAAAUGUUGCAUGCUGACUCUGAUAGCAAUAGGCUUAACAUGUCAAAACCGAGUAAUAGUUGAUUAUCUCUGAUGUGCAAAAUGAUCAUUUGUGGGUCUAUGGAUGGUAGUUCAUGAGAUAUUCAGUGGAUGAACUUUUGUUUAUGCAUACAUUGUUUGUUCAGUCCUGUACGGUUCAGAGAACACCCUGUGCAGGUUUUCUGAUAAGCUACCAUGAGCAGUUAUUUCCAGCUGGGGGCCCCCUCUCUAAAAGUGUGCAGCUUUUAUGACUGUGUCAGGUGCUUUAGAUAAAAGUAUCCAACAAAUUCCCAGACUGCGUUAUGAGAUGUUAAAUUUCAUUCUCACUGUGCUUGUGUUGCAGGUCAGUGCGUGAGUACACAGAUGGGUCUUUGUGUGUCGCCUGUAACUCAGAAUGUCGUCCUCUCAAUGGCUCAGCUUCCUGUCAUGGCUCGGUAAGAUAUUUAUGCAGCGCUGUGAUUGUCAGAUAUUGAAUCCAAAGGCAAAAAAUAAAGAUCCAAGUAAAUCCACGACAACAUGCUCAUCUCUUUUGUGAAUAGGACGUAUUUCUUCAUUUAUUUAGAUCUGCCCCUUUGUGUUUUCAGGGUGCUGAUGACUGUGAAGAGUGCCGAAACUUCCAGGAUGGUGAGUCUUGUGUGGAACAUUGUCCGAGCGGUAUCAAGGAGGAUCAGCUAACAGUGUGGAAGUACAGCAAUGCUUCAGGGCACUGUCUACCAUGCAACACCAACUGUACCCUGUCGUAAGUGGAAGACACAGGCACAUACUUAAGAUCUGUCCCAGUUUUUAGAGCUUUCUGUGUGUUCAUCAGCAGUUAUGGUUUUAAUUUUAUUUUUUUUGUUUGCCUGUGACGGUGUGCCUCAUGGGCCAGUUUUGAGACCAGUUGUUAUUUUAUUUUUUAAGUCAAUUCUCACUGUUCUGUUUCAGCUGUACUGUGAUGGAUGACAGAGGAUGCCCUAUUGACACCAGGACUGGGUGAGCUGCUUCAACUUUUCACACAUAAAAGUGUUGUCUGUCUACAUCAUAGUUUAACAUUCUUUCUGGGUCAAAUGACGAUCAACCUCCUGCAGAAUUUUCUUUGUCCUUUCUGUGAUUGAACUAUUUCCUCUGUUUAGACCGGGUACAACCAUCGCAGCUGCUGUGGGUGGGGUGGUACUCUUCUUCAUCCUUCUGGCUCUGCUUGUCUUCUACCUGAGGAGGCAGAAGAAACUGAAGAGGAAGGAGACAAUGAGGAGGAUCCUACAAGAGCAUGAGGUGGGUAGAGAGCAUGAUUAGAAAUGAUGUUUUUUUGGUCAAACUUGGUUUGUAGAAUCAUUAAAAAAAAGAAUCUACAGGAGGGUGAGUGCUAAACAUAAUUGGGAAGAAUGAAGCUCACCUUUGAUGUCGUAUGAAAAGCAAUCUACCCUUUGCUUUCAUUAUGUGAACAGCUGGUGGAGCCUUUAACACCCAGCGGUGCAUCACCCAAUCAGGCUCAGAUGCGCAUCCUGAAGGAGACCGAGCUAAAGAAGCUCAGGGUGCUGGGUGCAGGGGCCUUUGGUACUGUUUACAAGGUACGAGCUACUUCUCAAACUUUAAAAAAUGCACAUGUUGUUGCCAAAAUAUUUUGUUUUUUAGUAGUUAUGAUGUGUUUCAGGGGGUGUGGGCUCCUGAUGGAGAAAACGUGAAGAUACCGGUCGCCAUUAAGGUGUUGCGAGAGAACACAUCCCCAAAAGCCAACAAAGAGAUCCUUGAUGUGAGUCACACGCACUUACAUUCACAUUUACAGCUCACUUAAAAACACUUAAACAUAUUCUCCCUGUGCUCAUCAGGAGGCUUAUGUGAUGGCUGGAGUGUCCAGUCCGUACGUGUGUCGUCUGCUGGGGAUUUGUCUGACCUCUACUGUGCAGCUGGUUACUCAGCUGAUGCCCUACGGCUGCCUCCUCGACUACGUCAGAGAGAACAAAGACCGCAUAGGCUCCCAGUUCCUUCUUAACUGGUGUGUCCAGAUUGCCAAGGUAUGUAAACAAGAACCUGCUGUCCUCUUUGUAUUGGUUUAGUUAAACAUAACCCCACUUCUACAGGGAUAAGUUAGAGUAAAGAUGAUGCCAAUCUUAGUAUGUUACAGUGUUUUAAUCUUGUUUCUUGUUUUUCCUUCUCAAAAUCCUUGUGGUAUUAGCGUGUAUAUUUGGCUUAUGCAUUUGUGGGUGAUGGAUCUGUGUGUAUGUUGGGGUAGGGCAUGAGUUAUCUGGAGGAGGUCCGGCUGGUCCACAGAGAUCUGGCCGCCCGAAACGUCUUGGUUAAGAAUCCAAACCAUGUCAAGAUCACCGACUUCGGUCUGGCUCGCUUGCUGGACAUUGAUGAGACUGAGUAUCAUGCUGAUGGAGGAAAGGUUAGAUCUGGUGAUUAGAGUCGGAGAAUCUACAUCUGCUUUAUUAUUUACUUUGUUUACAUUUGUUCCAUGUCUUUUCCACAAGGUGCCAAUCAAAUGGAUGGCCCUAGAGUCCAUUCUGCACAGGAAGUUCACUCAUCAGAGUGACGUCUGGAGUUACGGUCAGUAUCACUUAGGGAUGGAAAUGACUGUGAAGACAAGACUUGACUCAGACAGUAAAUCAGUUUAAAAGCCCAAGAUAUUCAGUAGUAAAAAAAUGUAGAUAGCAAACGUGCACUUUUUGUUCUCAGGGGUGACAGUGUGGGAGCUGAUGACCUUUGGGGCCAAACCCUACGACAUGAUUCCAGCAAGAGAAAUCCCUGAUGUAUUAGAGGGAGGGGAACGACUCCCUCAGCCGCUUAUCUGCACCAUUGAUGUUUACAUGAUCAUGGUCAAAUGUGAGUAGUUCUUAUUGUAGCAAUGAUCAAAGUUUAAUCAACUCGAUAUAAGGAUCAAUUUGGAAAUGGUACCUUUAUUUCUUUGUGGUCUAUAUUUUUGUUUUAGAGUUGCAUGUUUUGGUUUGUACUAAGGAUGACUGAUUACAAGCUUCAUUUUAUGUUCUGGUGGCAGGUUGGAUGAUUGACCCAGACAGCAGGCCAAGGUUCAGAGAUCUGGUGAAUGAUUUCAGUGCAAUGGCCAGAGAUCCACCUCGCUAUGUAGUCAUUCAGGUAUGAGUUUGUUUGUCUCAUGCUGCGGAUGUUUGACUAGUAGUUUGUGAAGCAUUUUCAGGGCCUGAUUUUCUAAUACAUACAAUUUAGGAAAUGUACAACAUUUGUACCUUCUCUUUAGAUUUAUUUUGUCCUCCAUUUUCUUGCAGAAUGAUGAGCAGAUGAGCAUGUCCAGCCCAGUGGACAGCCAGUUCUUCAGGAUGCUUCUGGAAGAAGAAGGGAACAACAUGAGGGAACUGCUGGAUGCAGAGGAGUAUCUAGUACCUCAGCCAAACCUUUUUCCAAGAACUCAAAUUGAUGGACCUCAAACUAAUGGGCCAUCCAGACACCAGUCCUACAGGGUCAGUGGGGAUGGAGGGUGUCCCUGAUUUGUAAUCACUUUGUAAUCACAUUAAAAUAUGCUGGCUAUUCAAAACUUUUUGGGGUCCACUUGGUACAUUAACAUGUUAAAUAAUCAGAAUUUUUUACCUGUAUGACUGUUUCGUGGUAGAAACAACAUCUUUGCUCAUCUGAAUCUACUAACCUUUUAAUUUUUCGCCAGCAGAGCAGGGACCAGGGCUUGGAUAUUGACCCGUCCGUAGCUGGUGGUCCUCGUAGCAUGUACUCGUCCCUGAGCACUCUAGGCCGCAGCCAGUACCCGACCUUACCUUUGGGAGCCAGCACCUCCAAUGGCCUGUGGACCCCUCAGUACCCCACACUGGCUCGUAGCACCUCAGCGGGGGGCCAGUCUGACUCUGUCUUCCUGGAUGGACCUCCAGAUGAUCCUUCCAUCCCUCCUGCCAGUCCUGGACGCUACUGCAAAGACCCCACCUACUCUAACGGGAGCCAGGGUGACCUGGAGACAGAUGGACCAGUGCCAAAUGGAUUUCAUCUUCCUAACCAUCUUCAUCACUCACUGCCCAGGCGGAGUCAUGGGUAUAAUCACAACCAUGUCCUGCCAGGUGAGACCUUGAGGACAUCACGUCAAGCAUUGAAAUAUCAAGGACCUGAUUAUUUAAAUUAUUUAAAUUGUAAAUAUAUGGUAGCAAACUAGAACAAAAGCUGUCCCAUGAUAUUUUUACAUGCAGUCCAGACAGUUCUCUUUGUUUAUUUAACAAGACCCAAAAUUAUUGGUAUAGUUAUUAGCAAUAACAGGCAGGAAAAACUUCCUGGUUUGGCAACAAAAAUAGACUCAUAGGUGCACAACCAUCUUAUGCAAUCUGAUGAUAGAAAAUAAUUAUGAAAAGAUGAUAGGAUUGAUAAUAAAUCCUCUUUUUGCCUCCAACUGUUCAGAAUAUGUCAAUCAGGAGAUUCAAGAUCUUAGGCCAAUGGUCCCAGAGCGUCCUACAACUCUGCCUAGGAAAGGCUCCAGAGCAGACCGCCGCCUCCCGAACGGCCUUAGCUCUGGGCACAGCGUGGAAAAUCCGGGUUAUCUGGUUCCCUCAGGCACUGGAGCCUCUACGUCACCAGCGUUUGACAACCCGUACUACCUGGACCUUGUGGCCAAAGCCAAAGCUGUUGCCGGGGCUGCGGUGCUGGACGGCCCGGAGACAACAGAGACAGACGGAGGAAUUCCCAGGCAUGUGAAUGGGUUUAUGACGCCCACAGCAGAGAAUCCAGAGUAUCUCGGAUUAGCGGACACCUGGAGUGGAUAUACUUGAGGGGGAGCUGGGAGUAAUAUAAUGAACUCAAGAGGAGUCACAGAUUGUGUUCUACGAGGAGCGAGAGGAAAGGAAGAAGAAUAGUCCGUUUGCAAAUACCAAGAGAAUACAAACUGACUGAAUCACCAAACCACCUGGCUCUGAUGCAUCAUGAUUCAACAGUGAAGUUUCUGUGGCAUCGUUUGUAUUCUGUCCUACUCUCAGCGCUCACUGAAUGACUAUUAAGUGCCAAAAGGACAUGACUUCAGCCUGCGUUUAAAGAGCUCACAUUUAUCAGAACUGAUCAUGGUACAAGAGGUCUGAUUAGCACAGAACCCAACAUUUUACUGGAUAAACAAAGCUUUUCUUUUCCAGCUCCAUGCAAAGAAUGUCUGCUGUUGUUUAUACAGCAUGUGAAGCAUUUUUACACCCUCCAAAGCUCACUGGUGUGUACUGAUAUGCUUAAAAUCCCAGUCAGAAGGUGAAAAAUACUCUGAGAACUUCAACUCAGUGAGCAACGCCAUGUAUUGAAGGUGACGCUUAGUAUUCCAGUCACUUUGUCUCUGACCUGAUGGGGGUCUUCAACACACUCAAAAGCCAUUUUGUGUUGGCCAGAGAAGGCCCUGCAGCCCAUCUGGCCAGUGGACAUGCUCUGUGAAAGAAGGGCAUCCUGUAAGGAGAAGACAGAGGCAUUGUGCUGCGCUGAUGUAUGUGGUUGUUAGUAUCCGAGGCUGCAGCUACUUUGUGGUACGGCACAUGAGAUAUGAGGUACGAGCAGACUUUUCAAGCUGUAAACAUCUGAGAAAUUAUGUUUAUGUGUAAAAGACAGAGGGUACUAGUCAAGUUGGAGCCAACUUUUCAGGGAUUUUGCAAACACUAAGGGGAGAUAAAGUGCAUUUUAAAUCUUGCACAUUGCACUACAUGUUAGGAUACUGCAUAAGCCGCCCCAGGAUUGUGUUUUCACAUUAAACCUUAUGAUGGCCUGUCACUGUGCAAGGAAGCACUACAAGCUAAAAGUGCGUAAACCGCACAAGAAGUGAAGAAUUUGCAUGUAAAUAUGCAUGUGUUUAUAGAACAAAAAGCAGUCCUGCUGUUUGUGUUUCUGUGUAAAAGUGAGCAAUGCACCAAACACUGAAGCUGAAUGUGAAUCGGAGGAGGCAGAAAACAUUGCUCCGCUCGGUUCGGACAAUCAAUGCAUGGCUCAAAUUCCUCUCAGCGAGAACACACUGGCAUCCCAGUUAAUAAUCAUCAGAGUUUUUUUUUUUUUUACAAGAUUUCUCUCUUUUUUUUCCAUGUAAGCUGGUGUUGGGCGGGGGGAGGUCUGAAGUCAGUCAAAGGAGCCUUUGUCAAACCCUUGUGUCCUUGUUGGAGAGUCAGCACUCGCACAUCCCAGACAACUGAGAUCGUCAUAGUUGUGGAAAGUGAGGAGUAGAGUUUUUGGCAGAAUGUUGUUGAUUGUUUGGUGCUAAAAAUCUUGAGAGGGUCUUAAAAGGAGAAACCAGACUAUUGAGAUGUGAUCAAACCUGCAUCAACACUAAGUUUUACUCUGAGAGUCUUUGGGAAACUGUUUUUCAUCCAGACACUGUCAUAGGGGUUUGGAAGAGUCGUGUUCCAGAAAUGUUUUUCUUAGAAACUUAACCUGGUUUUAUAUAACAAAGCCGUUGAUGAAUAUAUUGUGUUAUUUUCCAAAAACAUAGCCAGAUUACGUUUAAAUACCUCAUCCAUUUUUUACUAACUUGAAUUGGAAUUAAUAUUGAGUAACAAGAAUAACAAUACAUAACUCCUUUUUAAAUAUGCAUUUAGUAUAAUGGAUAUAAUACAACAAUGUUUGUAGUGUAGUAUAGUAUUUGAAAUAGCAUCCCUGUUAGGUAAAAACCUCACAUCUCAAGAAAUAUUUUGCUAAAUUUGGGGGAUUCGGGAUGUUCUACAAUGUCUGUUGCUAUGGACUACAACAAACAUGAACCUUUUUGAGGUACAGGUUCUCACAGGAUUGUGGAAAUAUUUGAGCAGUCCUCACACAUGCUUUCUUAUCCUGAAGAGUGUGAUGUUUUGUAGAAGACCACUACUUCAUAUACAAUCACAGUUAACAUGCUGGUGCUUACACUGUAGUGUAUUCACUGUAGAGUCACAUAGAGGCUGAUUGAUGUAUGUACAGAGCCCAGGGUCCAGCACUGGCUGUUGCUCAGUGGCUUGGUUGGGACACAUUACAGCCAUCUCAAUGUACUUCCUGCCAAAGGGAGCUUGUUUUGCCUUUUAAGUUGUGAGACUGAGCAGGAAGGUAAACUUGAAUGUAAAAGAGGUCUGUGGCUGUUUUAAAAUUGAUCUACGUAAGUGUGUAAGAGCAUGUAACAUGUUUGCAUCCAGGAGUAAACCUAAUAGAACAGAGAAGAGUGUUAACAGGCGUGUGCUGAAGGUUUUGAUAGAAUAAGUAUCUGCAUAUUACAUUUUAAAGCAAAUGUAUUUUUUGUACUUUUUAUGUUUUUUUUUGUUUGUUUGUUUGUUUGUUUUUUUACUGUACACAGUUUCUGUGAUUUUGACAGAAUAUGAAUAAAAACCUUUUUUUUUUUUUUUUUUUUUUUGGGGGGGGGGGGGGUUACUGUUUGGUCAGUAUGUUCCAUAAUGUAAAUGUGUAUAAUAUAUAAAUAAAAAAACAAUCACUUUGGUAGCUAAUUUGAUUGAACACAAACUGGAAACAAUGAACAGAUUGUGACCAGUGGAGCAACUAUUAAGGGGGGCAGGGGUCAAAUACAUAAACAAUAAGUAAUUUUUUAUGAAGUGGUCAUUUUUGUAUGGAAUUGGUUGUAUACAUCAUGUGUGUCAUUAAAGUAUAAAAUGUUAAAGACUUGAAAA